AUGUCCUACAAACACACCACCUCAGCAGCCCGUACGCUCCUCCGCACCACCACCACCGCCGCCAGCGGCGCCCAGCGUCUGCAUGCCACCCCCGACGCCGUCAGGACCUACUCCGGCACCAAGCUGACGGGCACCGAAGCCGUCAGCAUCGCCACGGGCAGCAACGCCUUCACCUUCCCCCCUCUCGCCGCCCGCGUAGCAAGUCUCGAAGCCGCCCACGACUUCCACGUCGCCACCAGCAACGCCGAGCUCUCCCGCUCGCUGCGCCGCCCCGCCAAUACCCGUGCCCCGGCCCCCAGAGCCGACGGGAUGGACCUCUUCCCGCGCGACCUCGAGAGCAGCAUCCUCAAGAACCUUGCGCGCGCGGGACACCACGAGACUUUCGACAAUGUGCGCAGGAAGUACUUCCGCGACGCCAAGCGCCGCCUGGAGAACGCUAAGAUGCUGCAUCCGGGCCAGGCCUACCACUGGGCCGGGGGGCGCAUUAUUGCGCUGCUGCUGAGGGAGGGGGCGGUGCCGGAGGAGGUGUAUUUUGGCGCGGUGGGGAGGGAGGUGGGCAUGAGGAUGCUGGGGGCCGGGGUGUUUGAGCUGGACUUGGACUCGAGGGAGAUUUCGUUCAUGUCGGUGGUGAUGAGGGAGUUUUGUAGGAGUGAGAGGGCGCUGUGGGCGUAG